CAGGUUAUUUAAAGCUUGUUGCAACUGUAAGCCCUGACAAAACUGACCCGCUCUGAUCAGAUUUAGAUCCUGGCUCAGUUUCAGGUCUCGUGUCGAUAGGUCAACUGCUGUGAACUAGGUCAAGGUUAGAGGGUGCAGGACUGUCCCCAUGGACAGUCUGGGGGUCACAGGAUGAAACCUGCCAAACGUUGCCAGACACCCCGCCACGAGCAGGACGCCCUGUUGCACAGGUGCCGCGCAGAUGUUUCUGGUCAAGUUAAAUCCCACAACGCAACAAACGCGGGUAAAACUGACCGAGAAGCUUUAGAUACAUGGCUGGCCUUUACCCUGACGUCACUGGUAGGGAUGUUUCUUGUGAGUGGCGGGGUGUUCUUGCUCGUGAAUGGCAGCGUGAAUCACGUGACAGACUUCGUGAUCUUGGGGUCAGGGGGCGUGGUGCUGGGGGUCACGUGUAGCCUGGUUGCUGGACUGAGACUGAUGCGACACGUCAAGGAGAGGAGGAAGUUACCAGAGCACAGAAUGGUGCCAGAGGAUCAGCCUGCCGAGAACAUCGGGACAAGGGCAGGUAAUCCAACAGCUCUUCAGACCUGGCUGGAGACCCCGGAUGUUUUCGUGCUGGACAAGGUCACGAGGUCUCAACACAUCGCACACCAUUCUGACGUCAUGGACGAUAAUGACAACAACAACGUUGUGUUGAAGAGGGUCACAUUCGACAACACGAAGAGGGUCAGGCCACAGUCUAAAGUGGCAUCUAGGCCUCAAGCAACAGACACAAGGGACGUGUGUAGAAAGGCGAAUGACGUCACCACAGACGUUCAACUCAUUUCCGGAAGUUGCCCAGUGCCCAACGGCGCAUGCGCUACCAUGUCCCAGAAAUACGUGCCGCUCACGGCUUCCCCUAGGGCCGCGACCAUCUUGACGACAGUCGCAGAAAUCAACCAAUGGCAGAGUGCCACCAAACACAAGCUCACCGACUCAGGCCAGUCUUCCAUCGAGUCGCUGGAGGAAAGUUUGGGUCAGCUGGGGGUCAGUGGUCCGACACUCCCCCACAUGGCCGAGACGGGCUAUGAGCGCCUGGGUCUGCUGACAAGUGGCCUCCCGCUGGACAACAGCAUUGACCAUACGUACAAGAAAGACGGAAGGCGGAUAUUGAACCGUGCAAGUCAUAAAGGCGGCAUACGACCCACACACAGAUACAGCUGCUUGGACGAGAUAGAAUUACUGACCAAUUAAAGAACGAGAUAGAAUUACUGACCAAUUAAAGGACGAGAUAGAAUUACUGACCAAUUAAAGAACGAGAUAGAAUUACUGACCAAUUAAAGGACGAGAUAGAAUUACUGACCAAUUAAAGGACGAGAUAGAAUUACUGACCAAUUAGUUUUUUCUUAUCCGGAACAUUGGCCAGAAGCUGACAUUAAGUGCAUUUAUCUAAAUAAGUGCUGAUUGUGUGAAUAUAUGAGUGUGUGAUGGCAGCAUGAUUGUGAUGGCGAAACACGGUGCCAUGAUUGUGUGAGGGUGACAUAUGGUGCCAUGAUUGUGUUGUGGUAAAAUAGGGUGCCAUGAUUGUGUUGUGGUAAAAUAGGGUGCCAUGAUUGUGUGAGGGUGACAUAUGGUGCCAUGAUUGUGUUGUGGUAAAAUAGGGUGCCAUGAUUGUGUGAGGGUGACAUAUGGUGCCAUGAUUGUGUUGUGGUAAAAUAGGGUGCCAUGAUUGUGUUGUGGUAAAAUAUGGUGCCAUGAUUGUGUGAGGGUGACAUAUGGUGCCAUGAUUGUGUGAGGGUGACAUAUGGUGCCAUGAUUGUGUUGUGGUAAACACAGGUGUGAGAACACUAUGGAGGAGAGUAAACAUCAAAGUUUAUUGUCUGACCUUUGAACUCAGUGAUAAGUGUUACAACAGGAAACCUACAGGCAAAUAAAACACCACACUUAAA